UUGAUUUUUUUCGUCUUCAAUCAUACUAAUCUCGGUCUGGUUUUUCAUCCACUGUUCAUUUUUCAGAUCAGCGAAUAUACCCUAUUUAUUAAUUUAUCAGUCCAUUCCCCUCUAGGCGUAAUUAAUUUCAUUUGGCAUUAGGCUAAUUUAGCAAUAGGUUUUGUUCUGCAUCCUGGACCUUUUUGGUUUUUUUUUUUUUUAUUUUUACGUGUGACACAUGGGGGGGAACUGGCCCUCAUUACACGUGGGGCACCUUAUCUACUGAUAGCGAACGUGGAUAUACGAUGCUUACAAUACCUUGCCAGCCAGGACAAUACCCAGCACCACCCAGCACCUUAGCCUUGUCGGGUCGAGAGCGGGCAGGUUGGGCUGUCUCGAACGAUUUGCACCCAUCAUUUAAAAAUAUGUCAGUGAAGCGCAUUGGCGAGUCCGUGGGGGUCGCGUGCGUGGAGUUACCGGUACACCAUCACAUCAUCGAGUCUGCGUCCACCAGGACAUGUUGUAUGUUGGUGUCUAUGAUGAUUGUGUUAAUUCUGUUCAUAUUCAUGUUUAUGUUCAUGUUCAUAUUGGUAGUUCAUGUUCAUGGAUGUUCAUGGAUGUUCAUGGAUGUUCAUGGAUGUUCAUGGAUGUUCAUGGAUGUUCAUGGAUGUUCAUGGAUGUUCAUGGAUGUUCAUGGAUGUUCAUGGAUGUUCAUGGAUGUUCAUGGAUGUUCAUGGAUGUUCAUGGAUGUUUAUUUCAUAUAUGCCAUGGUUCAGUUGUCUACUCAUGAAGUGACAGGCUUGGCAAUGUAGAUGGGCUAAAUAACCCACUAGGGCUGUUUGACGUUUAUAUGAAUUAUUCAAUUCGCAGUUGCAAGAAAUACCGCAACACCGAGCUGAUCACGUUACUGUUGUGUACUUGAACAAUUGCAAAAGCCCCAGAUAUCCAAUAAGAUCGCAAUCUUGUCUUACUCGUUUAUGCUAUUUACGAUUUA